AUGCCGGUUCGGUUUGUGGUUGGAGGAGAUGGACCAAAACAUGCAAGACUAGAAGAAAUGAGAGAGAAGCAUUCUCUUCAAGAUAGAGUCGAAAUGUAUUACCAGAUGACAUGGUUGUACUUGCUGAAUGAUAUGGUACGAGCAAUAGAGAAGGCGAUAUCAAUCCUCCCGAUUCAUGCAAAAAGAGGAGUUAUGAGCCCUCGGGAAGACAACGCUUUUGCUGGCUCUUGCCGGAAAACUUACAAGUCUCUUGACAUCUCUGGAGAAGUAACUUACAAUGGUUACCGUCUCAACGAGUUUGUUCCCAUCAAGACCUCUGCUUACAUUAGCCAAAACGAUUUUCAUAUUGAUCUUCUAAAUUUGCUGGCAAGGAGAGAAAAAGACGCUAGGAUUUUUCCGGAAGCAGAUGUUGAUUUGUUCAUGAAGGCCUCUGCUGCUCAAGGCGUCAAGAGUAGUCUCAUCACUGAUUACACUCUCAAAAUUCUAGGGCUUGACAUUUGCAAGGACACUAUAGUUGGAGAUGACAUGAUGAGAGGAAUUUCAGGAGGUCAGAAGAAACGUGUGACAACCGGCGAGAUGAUCGUCGGGCCAACUAAGCCUCUGUUCAUGGAUGAGAUAUCCACCGGGCUUGACAGCUCCACGACUUUCCAAAUCGUGAAAUGUCUGCAACAGAUCGUUCACCUCACUGAAGCCACCGUUCUCAUAUCUCUUCUUCAGCCUGCUCCUGAGACGUUUGAUCUAUUCGACGAUAUAAUCCUAUUGUCGAAGGGACAGCUUGUGUACCAGGGACCUAGAGGCCACAUUCUAGAGGAGGCAGAGCCACCAACCAAUGAAGAAUAUGAUUCUGAUGAUUGGGAAACUUUGUCAGAUGACUUUCGACUGUAUGAAGAAGAGUGGGCGAAGAGCGGGGGUUUUGAUGUCGACUUCUCGAAACUCCGUCACACAUUUGGUUCCGGAUUUGUGGAUCCCGACGACGAAGAUGGCUGGUAUGGCGAGCCUGGAACCGGCAGAGAUUUUCUCAACCGUUUGUGCAAUAUGGCUAUCUCCUUCUACAAAGAACACGGGAAAACAGGCCUGGAACUUGUGAGGGUUCUGAGGGCAAAUUAUCAUCCAUCUUUUGCGAUUACGCUCUACAUCACAUUUGAAGCCAAUGAUCCUUCACAUGGUAACCAGACAAAAGAGAAUCAAUGCAUGGUUCGCUACUGUCCUCGAGACACUGAAGUAUAA